ACAACACAGACAGAGAGCUCCAAAGACUGGACCGGAGAGAAGAAAAAAUAUCCCUCAGGCAGAUUCUUUGAGAUUCACAACCCAUAUUUUCCUUCCUUCCUUUCCUUGUCUCACCUUCUAAGCUCCACCACCUACCACCCACCGAACCGGACCAACCCAGAGAGAGAGGGAGAGGGAUUUGACCCAUACAUACUUGCAAUUUUGAACCAGAUUUUGAUUUCAAUUUUAUUAUUUCACAGCCCAAACGAGCAUCAUCCAUGGAUUCUCUCUCAUCGGUAAAAGUGCUUCCCUCCGUAGUCACCAACCCUCUCUGUCCACGGCGCCGCCGGAUGCCUCCCCCUUCUUCUUCUUCGCACGGCAGCUUACACAAUCGAAGUCUCUGCCGAUUUUCCACCUCCUCCUCUGUAUUCGGUGUGCCGUGCUCUCCCUAUUCCAGAAGGAGGUUCGUGUGCCCGUCCGGCGGCGGCGGCACUGCGCAGGAGGACGAGGAGGAUGGCGAUGACGACGACGACGACGGAAGUGAGCAGGUGGAGAAAGCGCUUCACCUCGACGGUAAUAUCCCUUCCACGUCCGACGAGUUCGUGAAACGCGUGUCGUCUCGUGCUUACGACAUGCGCCGCCACCUCCAGCAGACCUUCGAUUCCAGCAGCUACGAUGUAUUGGAGGCCAACCCUUGGAGAGGACGUUCCAAGCCUGUGUAUGUAUUAACCCAAAGGGAAAACCAGUUGUGCACCAUGAAAACCCGAAGAAAUCGCAGUGAAGUUGAAACGGAGCUUGGGAAGCUGUUCUCAAAAAGAGGGAAGUGGAAUCAAAAGAAGCAGCCGACGAACGAGACAAAGUUCCAGAUGCUUGUGGAGGAUAUUAGAGAUGGAGUGCUUGUUUUCGAGGAUGAGAACGAAGCUGUAAGGUAUUGUGACUUGUUGCAAGGAGGAGGUAAAGGUUGUGAAGGUGUUGCAGAAAUAGAGGCCUCAUCAGUAUUCGAUCUGUGCCAGAAAAUGCGAGCUUUAGCAGUUCUGUUCCGUCGCGGAAUAAGCCCUCCUCUGCCUCAAAGCCUGGAGCUCAACCUUAGGGCUCGAAAGCGCUCGCUUGAAGACGAACAAGAACCAUAAAGAGUACUCGAUUCCUGCCUGGAACUGAAUAUUUGUCUAAGAAAGCAUUCUUCUAUGCAACUCAUAUACAUACCCUGGAUCUCUAAACUGUAUAUUAUAUAUAUUCAUUGUAAGUUCUGGGGUUGUUCAACGCUCAUUGUCUCGAUUGCAUUUCGCAUACUGAAUUAUUGUAUGCGUCGGUCGUAUAUAACUUUGAGUCUUCGAUCUUGUAACAUUAAUUCCCUUCAUCGGGUUUGAUUUGAGGUUUGGCAGCUCCUGUGGAGUUCAGGCAA